GUCUAUGUUGUUAUUCACCAUCAGCAAAAUGUACAUAUAUACAGAAGCUAGGAAACAUAUCUUUAAUCACCAAAUGGGUAUCAUAAAAUUUUCAUUUUUCUUCUUCAUUUUCGUCCGACUCGUUCCGUAUUUAAUUGAAGGUGCUGGUGCAGAAAAAUGUCCAAUUUACCAGUGGUGUACAAAAGAUGAGCCAACCGUUCGAUUUCCUUUUACACUAAAAGGUCGUGGUAACGAGGUAUGUGGUUCCUCCGGUUAUGAACUUGCUUGCGAUGAAAAGAAUAAAACAGUACUAGAACUUCCAUUUUCGGGUAAAUUUUUCGUUCGGAAUGUAUAUAGCUUUUUGCAGAAGAUAGAAAUUUAUGAUCCAGAUAACUGUCUUCCGAAACGUAUUUUGAAGUUGAAUCUUUCGGGUACACCUUACCAUCUUGGUGAGGUUGGUCUUUCCUAUCAAACAUAUUCGUUACUGAAUUGCUCGUCACCGAUUGAUAGUCUUCUUAAGAUAACAAAAAUGACGCACAUCCGUUGCCUAAGUAGCUCCACGCACACUGUUAUCGCUACAAACGUUCCGACUACAAAUAUUGCAACGCUAAAUACAAGUUGUGUCCGUAUUGCUGAUGUUCCGAUCCCGAAUUCAGCAAUUAAGAAGGACGUUCCCGUUGAUUUUAAUGAAAGUUAUGUUCUGUCGUGGUCAUGGCUUGAAUUACCCCCUUACCUUACGUAUCAAAAGAAAAGUAAUCGUAAGAAAAUUCUCCUAAGUACUCUUCUCAGCAUUUUCGUCGGAUUACCACUUCUAAUAGUCUUCCUAUGCUUCGUACCAAAAAUAGUCAAAUGCUUUCGAGGGAGAUAGACGUGCGGCCCAUGGGUAAGCGGGCAUGUUCCUUUUGCCGAAAGUCACCACUUCGUUCACUGCUACAUAAACAUAGAUCUAUGUAUUGUUUCUACAUUAGACAUCUUUGUUUCCGUUACAUGGAGUCUACUAGCAAUCUGAACGUACAGACGCCUUGUACAUAAGAUUUCAGGCACUGUUUAAACGGUUGUAAAUGUCCUCAUAACUAAUAAAAUUGAAUUGUUGGGUGAUUUUUUUGUUUUUAA